AUGCCUGACUCUCAGCAGAAGACCGUCCGCUUCGUGGACGCCUCUGCCGUUCCAAGGAGUUCGUCGCCAUCCUCCUCGACGGCAUCGUAUGGCUCCUCGCCAGGACCCUGGACUCCACCGCAGCUCUUUAGCCAAUCCCUACCGCGGUCGGUCGACUACCCUCCUCUGACACAGCACCACCCCCGCCCGUCACCACCCGUCAUACCUAUUCGCAUCUCCCCCCACAAGCCCUAUACCGCUCUCGCUGCGCCCGACCUCGUCCUGGAUCCGCUCCUCGUCGCACCUGCUUCGCUCUCACACCCCCCGACGCUCAUCUGGGACGUCAACGAGCGACCGUCGACAAUCGCACUCGGCAGCAUCGACGACCCGGCGGACUCUCGCUCCCGCUCUCGCUCGACGCUCACCAACACCGACCUCGCGUCCCCCGCCGCACGCCGCGGCCCACGCGGGUCCCCGUCCCCGUUCGUCCUCCGCCGGAUGGUCCUGCUCUUCCCCGGGCUCCCGCUCGCCGUCCACGUCGCGCCCUCUCCGCAGCCGGCGUGGGCGCCGCUCCCGCUCGACUUCAUCGCGGUCGGGGACGUCCUCGACCGGCUGCACCGCGAGCUGCGCGCGUCGCUCCCGCCGCGCGAGUACGCCGCGAUGCCGGGGCCCCUGAGGGCGCAGGCGGACCGGGCGUUCAAGGGGCGGCACGGGGCGAUCCGGGACGCGCGCGAGAGGGAGCGCGACAUGCGGUUUGGGGUGCGCAAGGUUGACGUGCUCGGGGACGCGAGGGCGUUUGUGGGGAUCCGGCUGGCUGCACCGGUGGAGGUGCCUCCUGGGUUUGCGCCGGAUGAGGUGUUCGUGGUUGUGAUGGGCCGUUUGCGGUGA